AUGGAAGCAAAGGGAGGAGCAAACCAGUAUAACUCCAUAAUAGUUCCUUCUGUACAAGAAAUGGUCAAGGAUAAGAUGAUCAAGACCGUUCCUCCGAGGUAUAUACGGUCUGAGAUCUCCAAUGAGUCCGGUCCAAGAACCGAGAUCCCAAUCAUCGACCUGAACCGUUUGUGUUCUUCAACCUACAUGGAUUCUGAGAUUAACAAGCUUGACUUGGCUUGCAAAGAGUGGGGAUUUUUCCAAGCAACUUGUAAACCACGGAAUGGACUCAACCUUCCCAUGGAAGAGAAGAAGAAUCUAUGGCAACAACGCGGUGAGAUUGAAGGGUUUGGACAAGCUUUUGUUGUUUCAGAAGAGCAGAAACUAGAUUGGAAUGACAUGUUCUACCUCACAAUGCAACCUGUUCGGUCAAGGAAGCCUCACUUGUUCCCCAAGUUACAUCUUCCCUUCAGAGAUACACUAGAGACGUAUUCAACUGAAGUGAAAAGCAUAGCUAAGAUCUUGUUAGAGAAAAUGGCAAGAGCCUUGAAAAUAAAACCUGAGGAAAUGGAAGAGUUGUUUGAUGAUGAGUUAGGACAGAAAAUAAGGAUGAAUUAUUACCCACCUUGUCCAGAGCCUGAUCAGGUUAAUGGUGCAACUCCACAUUCAGAUGCUACAGGACUCACCAUCCUUUUGCAGAUCAAGAAAGAUGGCAAGUGGAUUCCAGUCAAACCUCUCCCAAAUGCAUUCAUUGUCAAUAUUGGAGACAUACUAGAGAUUAUAACGAAUGGUACAUACAAAAGUAUAGAGCAUCGUGGGGUUGUCAACUCAGAGAAGGAGAGGCUUUCUGUGGCGGCGUUUCACAAUAAUGGAAAGUAG